AUGACGAGAACCUUCUCCAGAAUCUGGUCGGGAAUGGAGGAGAGCGUGUUACGCCGCAGAAUGGAGGACAAGGGGAAAAACACGUAUGUGAUAAUCGAAGGCUUCAGCGCAUUCCCAGAGCCUCGCACGCUAACGGGCUGCGAUAGUCUUGCAGCUCUCUUUCGACGCUCGAUCCCUGGCUGCGAUAUUCAUAUUAUAAGGAACGACGAAAUUGCUUCCGAGUCCCUUGCGCAGCAUCUACAUUAUUUCUCCGCGGUCGUGGUGGGGCCGGGUCCUGGCUCACCAACAAACCCAGUUGACGUUGGAAUCGUCAAGGACCUCUGGAAUAUCGCAGAUGAGCACUUGCUCCCAGUAUUUGGUGUGUGCCUAGGUUUGCAGAGCCUCGCCGUGGAGUUCGGCGCGAGGCUCAAGAGAUUGAAUGUCGUGAAGCACGGCCAGGUCUCUCAGAUCAUUCACGCGGAGGGCGAUCUCUUCAAGGGCGUCGGGGACGUGGCGGCGGUUCGCUAUCACUCGCUGCACGUCGACCUGGACAACUGUGAAGCCCUAGAACCUCUGGCAUGGGCAGACGAUGGCAAAGAGAAUGGGCGGGUCGUCAUGGCUGCUAAGCACAAGGUACGACCAUUCUGGGCUGUCCAGUAUCACCCAGAGUCUGUCUGCACCCACGGCGGUGGUGUUGAAGUGGUUCAGAACUUUUGGCGAUUGGCCAAGAAGUGGACACUCGUGCACGAUCGCAUGGUACGGCCCUGGAACUCCUCCAUGGACACGAUCUUCGGUCCCUCGUGGGCGACCUUACCGCUCGUGAACACACCAUCUCCCCCUCCGCCCCCAGUCACAGUUUCGACCCGCGUGCUUGACUUAGCCGGGAUUGCUAUCGCCGACGUCUGCGAAAUGCUCGGCGUCACCAACGAGAAUUCUGGUUUUGUCCUUCUCGACUCUGCGGCACAGCCAGGUCGGUUCUCAAUCGUUGGAUGUCUCACCUCAGACUCGCCCAAGAUCACAUACACCGUUGGCGACGUGCGGGUGCGAUUGUCUACCGGACAAAAGGAUAGCUACGAAAAUCUAGGCUCUUCGACAAUCUGGACAUGGCUCGCUGACUUCAUGCGUCCUCGAAGGGCAUGUGGUGGUGUCCCGGACCUUCCAUUCUGGGGCGGCCUAGUUGGAUUCUUGAGCUAUGAGCUCGGUGUCCAAUCACUGUCUGCAUCUCUCUGCGCACGAGGCAAGAUUGGGGGACAACAUCCGGACGUGAACCUUGUCUUCGUCGAGCGGAGCAUCGUUGUCGACGGUUCAUCAAACAAGGUCUACGCACAGUCCUUGCUCCCAGACGAUGGUGUCUGGCUUGACAGGAUGUCACAGUCUCUCAAGCAGUGUACCAGGCAACAGACCGAGGAGGUUCGCACCUCACCAGCCAAGCGCCGCAGGAAGAGUGCUGUGACGACCCCGCCAGUCGUCGCGCUCCCUGACAGAGAGAAAUACAUUGCACGAAUCAACCAGUGCAAGGAGCAUCUCUUUGCCGGCGACUCCUAUGAACUAUGCCUCACGGCCCCGACACGCAUAUCGGUUCCGAAGACCGUAGCGUCCAGAGACACGGCGCGCAGCUCUUCUUGGGAGCUCUACAAGGUUUUGCGCGCGCGCAAUCCUGCCCCGCACGCGGCAUAUCUCCGCCUUCACCCUUCUACAUUAUUGUCGUCUUCUCCAGAGCGCUUCCUGUCGUACUCGCGUCCGCCUUAUUCAAUAUGUCAGCUACGUCCGAUCAAGGGCACGGUGCGCAAAGCGCCAGGGGUCACUCGCGCUGUCGCGGAGCAGGCCCUGUCUGGAAGUACGAAGGAGGUCGCAGAGAAUUUGAUGAUCGUGGACUUGAUCCGUCACGACCUGCAUGGCGUUGUAGGCGAAGACGUAGUCGUGAAGCAGUUCUGCAAGGUGGAGGAGUACAAGACGGUGUGGCAGCUUGUCAGUGUGAUAGAGGGCAAGCUUCCGGACGAUGCUGGGAGAGACAUCGAGAUGGAGCUUGGCUGGGAGAUCCUACGAAGGAGUCUGCCACCAGGUAUCAUGACCGGUGCUCCCAAGAAGCGCAGCGUCGAGAUUCUACACACGCUGGAGGACUAUGACCGUGGCAUCUAUUCUGGUGUAUUUGGAUAUUGGUGUGUCGGUGGCGGCAGCGACUGGUCCGUAACCAUCCGGAGCUGCUUCAAGCACGAUGACCCCAUGAGACCGGAGGAAGAGGCGGAAGCGCAAGAUGAUUCAACCCACGAGACGCCUCCGAGUGAAGAAUGGGUGCUCGGGGCAGGCGGCGCUAUAACGGCGCUGUCCGACCCUGAGGCCGAAUGGGAGGAGAUGGUAGUGAAAGUGGAGAGUGUGAUCAGAGCGUUCGGGGAGGUAGAAUUCUCGUGA